AUGCUUCAAUCAUUUGCCAGGAAGCUGUUGACAGCCGCCGCAUUCACCCUUCCAUUGGCCACCGCGCAUCUUGCCGCCUACACCGAUGGAAUGUACUGCCCCGAAAACUCCUACAAGGGCUCAUUGACCAACUUCACCGACGAAAACCGUGUUGUUUUCGAUCCUCUUUACAAUCUUGAAUUUGAUAGCUGGUUUCUAUCCAAGGGCCGCAACUGUCAUCUAGCCGACCCCAAGGGAGUCUGGGAGAUCCAGGCCAACUCCCAAAUCACCGUUCCCUGGGCCAACUGGCAGGACUCUACAGGCUUCUACGCCGAUGGAAAGGAGGAGAACGAGCGCCCCAUCCCCUACUCGACCAGCAAUCCCGAAGUCGUCGCACAGGGUCUCGUCAGCUCGUCAAAGGGCCUCAACUCGCCCAACCUGCACGCCGCCAACAAGUCCACUGCAGCUGGAACUGCCAUUGCCGUCGCCUAUGUCGAUAACAUCUGGGCCGUCACGAUGGACAAUCUCGUCGUUGUCUCCAUCGCCUCUGAGACUCCCUUUGAGCGUCUCGCCAACUAUGAGAUUCCCGAUCUCGCUGCUUGCGAGUCUUGUAUCUGUGUGACUGGAUGGGUCCCCGAUGGAUACGGCCAGCAAAACAUGUACAUGGCCGCCCACAAGUGCCGCAUCGUCAACGCCAAUGGCGGCAAGACCCCCAAGAUUCCCAGCAAGGUCCCCGGUGCUGGCGUCACCGGCGCUAAGCAGAUGAUCGCCGCCUUCCAGAAGUCUGGAAACAAUGUCGAGUACAAGCAAGGAGACAAGGUUCCCACAUAUUCCACUCGCAUGGGCUACCUGAAGGACGCCCAGACAGACAUCUUUGGUGAUGACUCGACCAACGACAGCCCCUCCUCCUCCGUAUUCUCGCCUUCAUCCUCGACAGCCGUAACCCCGGCCAGCACCUUUAGUACUGAGACUCGGACUUCGACACCAGCUACCUCCACCGCUGCUGCUCCCACGGCUACCCAAACCGGUGUCCGCUGCUCCAGUUCCAAGCACCGCCGUAACUUGCACCGCGCUGCCAUUCGACGUAGGGAAGAAUAA